AUGACCACGGUUCGAACCAUCUCAUCUAUUACCGCUUCACAGUCAUGGAAAUUGCAUCAGAUGGAUGUGAAGAAUGCUUUUCUUCAUGGUGAUCUUCAUGAAGAGAUCUACAUGAAGCUUCCAUUUGAUUAUAUUAUCAUUACUGGCACUGAAUGUGGUCUAAUUACUAAGUUUCAGAAGAUGUUACAUGCAACUUUCCAUAUGAAAUAUCUUGGCCAACUCACAUACUUCUUAGGACUGGAGGUUCAUCAUCGGGCUAAUGGUAUUUUCUUGAACCAACAUAAGUAUAUUCAAGAUCUUAUCACAUUGGUUGGUUUAGAGGACAUUUCUUCUGUUGAUACACCUAUGGAGGUAAAUGUCAAAUACAAGAAAGAUGAAGGGGAUAUUCUAGAUGAUCCUACUCUCUAUCGGCGCUUGGUUGGAAGUCUUAUCUACUUAACCACUACUCGACUGGACAUCUCCUAUGCCGUUCAUCAGGUCAGCAUGUCUUCUCCUCGGCACCUUCAUCUUGCUGCAGUUCGCCGCAUUAUCCGCUAUCUUCGAGGGUCGCCUACUCGUGGAUUAUUCUUUUCCACAAACUCAUCUCUUCAACUUAUUGCCUACAGUGAUGCUGAUUGGGUUGGGUGUUUAGAUACGCAUCAAUCUACUAAGAGUUUGUGUAUGUUUUUGGGUGAUGCCUUAAUUUUUUGGAAAUGUAAGAAACAAUAUCGUGUUUCUAAAUCUUCUACUGAGGUUGAGUAUCGUGCCAUGUCUAUUGUUUAUUCUAAAAUUGUAUGGUUACAUGGUCUUCUAGACCCCGAUAAUGCAAGAAAGGUAAAAAAAAUUAAAAAGUAUGAACCUUGCUCUGAUGCCAUGUCAAAACACUCAGAAACCAAGAAUACCAAGAGAACGUUUUUUGGAAAAACUGGCUCUUUGUGUUCGGCCCCUUUCAUUAUCAACGUAAUCCCAAUCUAUACAAGGAAGUAG